CCCACGUCCACUAUUAUAACGUCGAGGACUCGCUUGUGGAUAUAGCUCGGAUUCUAGCACAGGUGUUUGGAUUUUGGGACAUUCUUCCGGUCAUGAAUCGGGGUUCUUUGCCCGCCGCUGCUUUUUUGCUACUUAUAUUCACGGUUUUAGUGUCUGUGGCUGUGGUGGAGGCACGUCAUUCCGCUGGGCUAAGGAGACACAAGAGGGAAUGGAUCAUCCCUCCCCAGAAACUAGAUGAAAAUGUAGACUACACCAAGAAAGAGUUUAUCGCCAAGAUCCGGUCAGAUUCAGACGAUGGGACUGGUAAUGUGCAGUACUUCCUAUCUGGGGUGGGAGCUUCUAAACCCCCCUUCCACCUGUUCAGAGUGAACCCUGACACCGGCUUUGUAAGAAUCACUGGUAUCCUGGACCGGGAGACUAUCGCCAUGUACAAUUUGUCAGGUACCGCUAAGUUCACUGAUGGCAGUGAAGCAGAAAAGAACAUUGAUUUGAGGAUCCAAGUUGUGGAUCAAAAUGAUAACCCUCCUAUUUUCGGUGAUAUUAACCCAGGAGAGGUGUACGAGCUUAGCCCAACAGGCACGUCCAUCAUGACAUUGACUGCAACAGACGCUGACGAACCAGGGAAUGAGAACUCUAAGAUUGCCUACACCAUAAUUAAACAGGAGCCUCCAGGAGAGAGCAUGUUCCACAUCACCAAGGAUGGAGUACUGAAAGUAAAACAGCCCACACUGGACAGAGAGGUGCAGGACUGGUACAUGCUGACAGUGAAAGGUACAGAUCUAGAUGGUAGACCAGAGGGCAACACCGGCACCGGAACCUUUAGAGUCAACAUCAAGGAUGUGAACGACAAUCCUCCCACUCUGGAGAAAGAUGAGUAUGAGGGCAGUAUUGAGGAGAACACAGAGAACGUGGAGGUGAUGAGGUUCAAAGCGGAGGACAUGGACAUGGAGAACACUCCUAACUGGGCGGCUCAGUUUGAAAUCGUCAAGGGAAACGAGGCGGGCUACUUCAGCAUUGAGACAGACCCCAAGACCAACGAGGGAGUUCUGAUACUCAAGAAGUCUGUAGACUAUGAAGAUGUCAAACACCUUGAGCUGGGAAUAGCCGUAGCUAACCAGGCUCCACCUUAUAAUGGUGAAGGAGGAGGAGGAGGAGGAGGAGGAGGAAGUGGGACAGGAGGAGGAGGAGGAGGAAGUGGGACAGGAGGAGGAGGAGGCGGCAGUGGAGGCAGUGGAGGCGGCAGUGGAGGAGGCAGCAGUGGAGGAAGCGGCAGUGGAGGAGGAGGCAGUGGAGGAGGAGGUGGAGGAUCGUGGUUUGGUGGUGGAGGUUCUACAGGGAAACCUAUGAAGACCUACCCAGUGAAGAUCGCUGUGAAGAACCAGCCAGAGGGGCCACGGUUUGACCCCAAGGUCAAGGCUAUCCCCAUCUCAGAGGGAGGAGACUUCAACAUCAACAAGGUGAUCGGCUCCUACCAUGCCAUCGACGGAGACACACUAAUGCCUGCACAGAACGUCAGGUAUGCUAAGGGCUCUGACCCAGACAACUGGCUGACAGUUGAUGAGUUGACUGGGGAUAUUAAACUCAAUAAGAUGCCUGACAGAGAGUCCAAGUUCCUGGUCAACGGGACAUACUACGCCAAAGUUCUCUGCAUGACCCAAGACAUGCCCUCUAAGACAGCCACGGGUAUGGUAGCCAUCCAAGUGGAGGACUUGAACGACCACUGCCCCACGCUUACUAGUAACGUUCAGACCAUGUGUAUAACAGCCGAUGCUAUUACCGUGACUGCAGUGGACAAGGAUGCGUUCCCCAACGGAGCCCCCUUCACCUUCACCAUCAUCCCAGAGGGAACAGAGGGAGUGUGGGUGGUCGAGCACCUAAACGACACCUCGACCAUCCUGAGGUCCCAAAAGGAUUUGUGGCCGGGCUCCUACGCAGUUGCCAUGGAGAUCCGCGACCAGCAGGGGCACGCUUGUCCUGACUUGCAGAAGCUAAAGGUAGAUGUCUGCACGUGUGAGGACAAAGGGAAGGCGUGUGCGACGCGAGGAGUUAAGGGCUCUACUGGGGCAGUUCUAGGGCCUGCAGCAAUUGGACUGCUCUUCCUGGGUCUGCUGACGCUACUGCUAAUCCCUCUCCUGCUGUUGUUCUGUACGUGUGGGGGUGCCGGAGGUCUUCCUGGGGGCUUCACUGAGAUGCCCUUUGACGCCAAGUCACAACUUAUAUCCUACCACACUGAGGGACAGGGGGAGAACACGGAAGUACCUCUGCUGAACGCACCAGUUCAGGUCGACACAGGAAGGGUCAAAAUGGUCAAUGCGGGAACCAUUGCAGCAACGGCCGGAGGGGCGGGGCUAAUGAUAGGUGGUGGUCAGUUCCAGAACUCCUCCUCCACGAUGGGCGGUGGAUUCUACCAAUCAGACGGCCUUAUGGAUAUUGGAUAUAAUAAUGGAGGAGAGAUAAUCGGCCAUGGGAAUGGAGGGGGCUUUUAUUCUGAGUAUGAGAGCAGAGAAGGAGGAGGAGCCUAUGAAGGCAUCGCCCUGCCUGAUCACUACCUGGAGGAGUACUACUCUCAGAAAGCUCACUGUGCAGCUGAAAACCACGUCCAGAAGGACAGUAUGUUGGUGUAUGACUACGAGGGCCAGGGCUCUCCUGUGGGCUCGGUGGGAUGCUGCAGUCUCCUGGAAUCUGACAACGACCUCCAGUUCCUCAAUGACCUAGGGCCAAAGUUCAAGACCCUGGCCGAGGUGUGCCGCGGAGAGAGGUUCCAAACCGAAGUCUCUGCGCCUCUGCCACCCAGACCCAUCAUCUCCAUGCCAACAGCAGCCAGCAGUGUGACGACCAAUGUGGCGUCCAGACUGGUUUCCGCCGCCCCGGUCCCAGCCUCGGCACCAGCCCCAGCACCGCCCCCUGCCCCGGCCCAGGUGACACACGUUGAGAGGGCUGUGGUGAGGGAGUCAGAUCGUUUGUCUAAUCUGAGGCAGGACAUGGUGGGAGGAAGCCAGGGCCAGACCUUCCUACUGCAGCAACAGCCUAUGUACUACACCACCAUGCAGCCUAUGAUGCAGCCCGUGGUGCAGCAGAUGCACUAUGUAGUGGAGCAACAGGUUCCCAACAUACAGGGCAUGAUAAUGGUCAACGGGCCUCCGUCAGGCUCGGCCCAGGGCCUAGUGCUGCAAGGGCAACAGGUGGUGACCGGUACCCAGGCUCAGGGCACGCUUGGCAGGGGAGAGGGAGGCCUGAUCCAUAUGGGGAACAUGUCUGGUUCUCAGGGUAUGAUGGUGGUGGAUGGGCCGGUGAUGCAGGGGGGGCAGAUGCUCCAAGGGGGGCAAAUGCUGCAGGGGGGGCAGGUUUUUCAGGGAGGGCAAGUUCUUCAGGGGGGGCAGUUGGUACAAGGGGGUCAGGUCCUUCAGGGGGGUCAGGCCUGGCUGCAGCAGAGUAGCUCCCUGCAGCGAGGGGGCUUAUCAGGGUCACAGAGCAUGCUGGUGAUGGAGGGACAGGGGGGUAUCAGUGGAGGUAGUGGGGUGCAGAAAGGCCAGGGAAGGGUGUUAGGGUUCUCCCAGGGGUCCAUGCAGAGGAACGGCCUCUCUGGCUCACACAGAGUCCUCUACACCACAGAGCAGAGCUCAGCCGCAGAGUCCAGCGCAGGCUCACAGAGCGGCAUUGUAGGAUUGAACGGGUUCUCCAGCAAGGUCAGCGUAGGCCCCGCAUCCUCCUCCCGCAAGGCGGUGACAGAGAAAAGAGUUGUGACCAACCAGAGCACCAGUAAAUAAGGUCUCGACAGAUAAUAUAAUACUAUAAUCACAAGCCACUGAAGUUAUUUAUGGAUGGAAAUGUCACCACCUUGAAAGUUUUGAUUUCAAUUCAGUGGUCAAGAUGGGGGUAUUUUUUUGUCCCUGAAAAGCAUAUCAUUCUUAGAUGUAUAGUGGGUUUUAGAAUGAGAAAGUGUUAGAUUGUUGUUUAAAAAAUGUGGCAGUGGGCAAGUGUAAAUGUGCAGGUUCAGAAUAUUUUACAGAUUGUAACCUUGUGUCUGCUUGCACAGCGAAUUCUAUCAGCCAGGCCUAUAAAGCAUCCCACCUCAGUUCUAUCAUGCAGUGUGUACAUGUGUGUUUUCAUGUGAGUGCGAUUCAGCUUCCAUCUGAAAUAAUGAACCAUGAAAAAUAAUGAACUAAUCAACUAUAUAUGCAUUGAGCUUGUCUGAUGCUAUAAGCACACUGUUUGUUUAAAUUAACACAAAUGACUAAAGAGGGAACUAGGGAUAAAGAUAACCAGAAUUGUUGUUGUUUUUUGCCUGUCCCUACCAUCCUCCUCCCGCUCCUACUGGCCUUCGCAAAUUCUGAUGUUACUGUCCUGAACUUGCCACGAAUAGGCUACACAAGGAGUCAGCAAACUUUCUCAUGUGGAAUGCAAAUUUAUCCUACCAUUUCUACUGAUCUGUGUGCCAGUUAUGAUUUUCAUAUGCACAUUUUUGUGUCGCAGUUUAUUUAUAACAACAUCUUUGUAUCUUUAAAAAAUGAUAUCCAAAUCUAAAUGAAAAUGAUACAAACCUAAAAAGUUACUUCUAUUGCCAUCGCUAACUAUGUAAAAAGAGCCUAUAAAGCCAACAAAUAAAAACAUUGCAGCCUGCAGGUAGAAAAUAUCCAGAUUAAAAUAAAUAUCCCAUAAAUCACAUUGGCUACACAUGACCAUGACCUGUCUGCAACGAACUUGAAACAUUGUAUCAACUAUUAACUUGGGUCUGGCCUGAAGAACCUUGCCACAUUGUAUAAAAUAUUGGGCCCUCAAGAGUUUUGCGAGCCAAUGAGACACACCUGUAGGCUAUUUGUGCAAGGGAUAAGAAGUAAUCGGGUAGGCCUAUUUUUAUGAUGUUUCCACUGAUCAGAGCAUGACAUUUUUCCCUUUCACACUGAGUGUUUAUCAAAGGUAGAGAGCUGGGAAAAAAAAUCAAAUACAUUGAUGAACUAUUGUCAUUCUCAAUGGAUGUAAAAACAGACUUUGUUUGCUUGCUGUUUGAGGUGAAGAGAAUAUUACUUUGAGAAGCUCCAAAGGUCAUUAGUGGUGGUGUGUUAAGCCAAACAGAAAUGCUAUCAGAUCCCCAAAUGGCCACAUUUAUAUGCCUACAUGUGCCUGCAGGCCAGGUAGCCUAUAGGCCUACUUCUAUGGGUAAUCAGGUGCGCGUCCUUACUCAACAUUGACAGGAGCGCUCCAAACAAAAGACAAUGACUAAAUUGACAAAACUCAUAAAUAUAAUUAAAUUAACCAGAACUGGUUUCUCACAAGUGUAGCAUAGGUUGUGCGCUCUGUAAACAACGUGACCACUCUGACAAUGACAAAGGUAAAAUACUGGAAUUAUAUUGAAUGCAUUAACACACAUUACCGUAACCAAAAAAACAUUGCAGAUUAGAAAUGAUAGGAAUUAACUGGAUGUACUACUGGUGAUAUAUGUAAUGGGGAAUUGAUAGACACUAACAAUCAGGCGCCAACAAUUCACACUAUGAAGUUAUGAAACAAUGAAUGUGCACAAAUUGGCAGGAGAGAGAAGUGCAUUGUGAAGCCACAUGCCCCUUCUUCUUGGACUGUGCCAUCCCCGCGACCUCUGUAAUGGAUUAGUUCACUGAGAUGGCCGCGAAUAAGACAGGCAUGUCCUGUGCCAUAAAAAUAUAGAUUUGCUACUGCUCAACAACAAAAAAAACUUGGUCGACCAACAGCCUAUCUACCAAACAUUCGACCAGUCAAAUAAUUGGGGUCAACCCUAAUUUCUGUUGAUUAGCAUCAAGGAUCAACCUGAUUUUGAUCAGGAGCACUGUAUUGAGUAUUGAGCACUUCUUUACAGGCGAAACAAAUCUAAAGCUUUUUUGUUUUUCUAUUGGCUGUUAGUGUGAGUUUGUCAUCCACAGACGUGUGAUUGCUGUUAUUCUAUGUGAACAUCUCCACCCAAGUCUCCCUGAGACCGGCUCUCAGCCCCCCACCACACGCGCAUGAAGGCACACACACACACACACAGACCUCCUCUUCAGUCUGUGGGACUUGUCCAUGCACAACAAGAGCAUGUUAGACUGUACAUUUCCAUACCAACCCUGACAUCUUGUCCAGUCAGUUUAAGAUUCUGCAUCUUGUUGGCACCUUAUACCUGGAACCUGCUAGUCCCGCUGAGCAGGGCUCUGAGCAAGCCUCACAUAGGACAGAAGUGGAUGAGCUAUAGCCAAUAGGCAAAGAGAUACAACAGAAGUGGCUGAGCUAUAAACUAUAUAUUCUACACCCAUCUCUGGCAUACACAUCCAUGUUUGUUAUUUCAGUGAUUUGACAGGUUUGUUUAGAUAUUAUUCUUUUUUUGUCUCUGCUUGUAUUGUAACUAUUUGAUGGUUUUGUUUGAUCUGAAUUUAACGUCAUUAACGUCAUUAAUUGGAAUUUCUAAAAGCAGCAAGCAUGUUCUCAGAGCUUGAAGCAUGAAUAAUGUGCUUCCAUUUUUCAGUCUUAAGCUCAAAACAUGAAGUUGGAGUUUGUCAACGUAAUAAUACUGCGAUUGUCACACAGUUCUUCUCACUUAACUGUUGGGUGCUCAUUCUGAAACAAAGUAUAAUAGCUAUGCCCCAAAGCUUUUAAUUUUAUCCAGGUUUGAUUGAAUCUAUACUUGUAGUUGCAUCAGUUAAGGAUGGGUCUUAGUAUUUUUAUGUUGUUUGUGUUUUUGUGUACAAAUAUUCUCAUAUUUUUAUGUAACUUUUUUUUAUACCUUGUUGUGUUUGUGUUUGUGUAUGCACUCAGACUGUUACCUAAACAUGGAUUCGUCCAAUCAGGGUCUAUUUUGUUUUUAACAAGAAUGGGAAGAGGGGGAAAUUAUUACCACUUGUCUAAGACUAUCUAAUAAUUCUCAAAGUACCAGGGGAACAUUGUAUAGUUUAUUUUAUGUUACUCUUCUAUUAAAUGCACUGGUAUGUAUUUUGUCAAACGCUGGGUAUAUCUGAAAACAGUUUUUCUUAGCCGUGUUUGUUCCAGAGAAAGUUUGGCAAAAAAGGAGACGACUGAGAUAAAGAACUAUUGCUGUAUUGCACAAGAAGACACAAACUACUGACCUCCUGCACAGUCACUGUCUUUGUGGUCUGUCUGAUCUCAGAUUUCAUCAACAAAAUGUCAUCGAGCCAAUGUUUCAUCUCAACUGUAUUUAGAGAUCAAAGUCCUUUUGGUUAUUUAGACUGAAGUUAGGAGUGUCCGAUACAUUAAUUACAUACAACACUUUUGAAGCAAGUCUAUUAUAUAAAUAACAAUUAUAGUACGCUAUCCCUUAAGGUUUUGACAUGAGUCACAGUCCAAUCAGGCUUUUAUCUACUGAAACGUCUCUGGAACACUCACUCUUAAGUAAUGUUUCUAUUUGGUUUGUAAAAGAGACAUUAUUUUAAAUGUUACAGCUUCAAUAAAGCUCCUCUUUUAUUAUU